AUGAACCUCAAACCCCUCUUCACCCUCCUAAACCUCUACAUCAUCCUCCUCAAACACGCCGAAGCCCAAUUCCCCAUAAAACCAAAUGCCAUCCUAAGUCCCGACGCCGAAACUAUAUCCACCGCGGGUGGACAAUUACAAAUAAUCUGGACAAACACCUUCGGCGCCAACGUCACCAUCGUCUUACUCGACGACGAUGCAAACAACCAACCCGAACAAGUCAUAACCAUCGCAAGAAACAUCGGAAAUACGGGCUUGAUGACCUGGUAUAUCUCGGAAGAUUUACCACCCUCAAACACCUACGUGGUAAGAAUAUCGUACGAUAAUAAUCCGGAUAAUUAUAGUUACUCGGAGCGGUUUGCGGUUAUUGUAUAUAUACCGCCUGAAAGUUUGCCCCAACCGACGACCCUUCCAUCGACUAGAACUACUUCGAGUUCAAGAACAAGCAGAACCACAAGCUUUACAACUACCUCAUCUUCAAACACUUCCACACCAACUAAUUCCUCUCCUCCUCCUCCACAAUCGACUAGCAGCGGUCCCAAUAUAGGUGCAAUAGUCGGUGCUGUAGUCGGUGGGGCAGCGCUGGUCACAGCAGGGUGUUUAGUGGCAUACUGGAUUGUGACCAGACGACGAAGGAUACUAGCAGCAACAGGAGGGGCUGUGGCUUCCGGGCAGUUUAAAUGA